AUGCGCAUCGUGAGCGACAGCGCUGUCGACGCGUCCGAGGACGUCUCAGGGGACCGUGGCCGACGCGUCGAGACGCAGAUUGAUCUGAAUGCGGGCGAUCUGGCUCUUCGUGCUUCCGCUAGUGCCGCCGUGCUGCUGCCCGAGCUCUGGGGCUCGCACUGUCACAAGUGCUUUGCCACAGGUGUUCGGCUCAGCCGCUGCGGCCGCUGCCACACUGCCUUCUACUGCUCCAAGGCGUGUCAGCAGGCUGACUGGGCGCCAGACCAUCGCAGGGAAUGCAAGAGUAUGGCGCAAUUGGCGCAAAUCGGCCUGCGAAGUGACCAGGUGUCAGAUGUCCUGCUACUGGGACGCGUCUUAAGACGUAAAGGUGGCGAAGGACUGCAGCCUUCAGAGCUCGUGUGGUACGAAGAGGACAUGGACGACCAAGAACUUCUUCUCCUGGCGGCACUGGCACAGAAAAUCAACUUGGUGGAUGAAUCGUUCUCGAUGGACGAGAUGGCGCGCAUGUUAAGUCGCUUUCGCAACAACAACUUCUCCAUUUGCGACGAGCUGCUGUUGGAGCUAGGCGCAGGCUGCUUCCCACUCGGUGCGAUGAUUAACCACAGUUGUGAUCCCAACUGCGCUGUCACGUUUGUUCCUAAAACUCUUGACAUGGAGUUCCGAGCGAUGAAGCCCAUCAAGUCCGGCGAAGAGAUCACGCAGACAUACGUCGACAUUGCGCUUCCACGGCGCGAGAGACAACAACGUCUGCAACGCAAAUAUCAUUUUACUUGCGGCUGUCCGCGCUGCUCGCAACCUCUUCAGGAACCUGGAAGUUUGGAUGCUUAUCUCGAUGCAGAUAUUGAUGGUGUUCCGCAAGAGCGGUGGACAGAGGAGCGCCAACAAGAGCAAUGCAUCGAUGCACUACAGAACUUGGCAGACCGUCAGAGUACUAUUCUUCACUGUCACAGCGUUGCACGAUUGCAGACGCUAGCAACGAUUUUUAGUGCCGAAAUGGAGCGUGGGAGCGUGGAGGAAGCCAUUGGAUACGGGGAGCGCAUGCUGGAGUUCUAUCGACGUGUCUACAACCCCAACCAUCCGAUGACGGGGCUGCAUGUGUUUACCCUGGGCGACCUGUAUGGCCAGCAGGCACAAGCAGGAACAGGAGCAGAGGAUAGCAAGCAAAAAUCAGCGGAAUACCUGGCUGAGGCGCAGCGUAUCUUGCAGAUCACCCACGGCAAGGAUCAUCGCUUCGUAAAAAUGCUUGGAGAUAGACUGGAGACGGCGUCGACAUGAUAGUCAGCGCUUGAUAUGUGCUCAUAAAGUUUUGGGGGCAGAGGUAAAUAAAAGGUAACGAAAGUUUAUCCUUCGACAGUGUGAUAA